AUGGCGAGUUCCAACUCCAGCAUCCCUAUCAAGGCAGAACAAGAUUCGGAUGGCUCGGCACAAAGCACAGCUGAUAUGACCGCUUUUGUGCAAAACCUUCUAAUCCAGAUGAGCAUCAAUGACCUCAAGGCUGAGAUGGGCAGUGAAGGGAUGCCGACGCCAUCUAAGACAAAGCAAGACUCAAAACCUUCAGAUAGCUCUGCAUGA